AUGACCCAAAGACCCAAACCAACAAUCCUUCCCUCAACCUACACACAAACAACAUCGCCAGAAACAUUCCCAGCCCCAAUCCACGGCGAUAUAUCCUGGCACACCUUAAUCUCAUCCCCGCAAACAGAGUCCACACACCUGUGCGCAGGAAUAGCAACUUGCCCCCCAGUGACAGGCCACCUGUGCGCGCACCGCCACACACAGGCUGAGAUAUAUCAUAUCCUUGACGGCGAGGGCGAUGUGACUAUCGAUGGGGUUGUGAGCAAAGUCCGCGCUGGGAGUACGCUUUUUAUUCCUUCGGAUGCUGAGCAUGGGAUUGUCAAUACUGGGACUGUGGAGUUGAGGUGGUUUUAUGUUUUUCCUACGGGCAGUUUUGGGGAUGUUGUUUAUCGCUUUAGGGGGGAUGAGAAGGAGACGGCGAAGGCGAAACUGUGA